AUGGAAGUGGUGAUCCGCAAUGUGAAAGAAGGACGUGUGGUCAUUGAUAGUGGCUUCUACAGCGAGAGUGCGAUGAAGACGGAACUUAAGUUUGACAAGGAUCGCAUCAAGGCCAUCAUCGCCUACUGCACGAAGACCAAGGCCAGGAAGCGGCAGCUCACGAGGAGAGACAAGUACCAACGCCACAUCCUGGAAUACUGGAUCGACUUGCGAACCAGUGGAAGCCUAUCCCGGAGCCACCAGGAGGAGUUCACUCAGUACGUCGAAAUCAUCGACAACAACGCAAGCCUCCCCAAUCCUGUGCUCGGCAACGAAUCGUUGCCCUGCUACGACGAGGAAGAUGAGGAGGAGUCCCAGGAUACAGAUGAUGGCGACGAUGAAGAUGAACGAGGCAGUGUCAGCCCUAAGUUCAAGCGAAAAAAAUCCAGGAGAAGCCGACCCUCUACUCCCCGAACCAACAAGAAGAAGCGAGAGGAGAAGGAGAAGCAAGCCGAAGUGGAAACGGCUUUGGAUGACAUCGAGAAGAUUCCUCAGAUUUUGGGUGAGAUUCUGAAGGUGCGAAUCAAAGUCGACAAGACUCUCGAAGAGCUCAAGCACAAGAAGAAGAAGGGCGAGCAAUUGAUGAAAUUGCAUGAUGACCUUGCAGAGAUCCGUGCGGAACACAGCAAGGAUGAUCCGAGCAAAGAGUCAAGUCGAAUCACUAUGGAAGAGAAGAAGUUGAGGAGGACAGUUCUUCGAGCGGUGCCAAAGGCCAAAGGGAAAGCGGGCGAGAGCGAUCAGCCAGAUGAUGAAAGUGAGGCUGAGGAGGUGCGGCCACUGAUGUUCCUGAAGCUGCACCUCACGGUCUCUGACCGACUCCUCUGUAGCAUCGCUUCGGGCUUCUUCGAAGAAUGUUCGCAAGCCGACCCAGACACGGCUGAUGAUCUGAAAAGUACAGUGCUUCUUCAAGAUUUACAUCGUGCUUCCCGGACCAAGCACGAGAGCAGCUCCUCUAAGUCGUUUGCAAAGACUGGCCUGUCAUGUCCUAUCGACAUACAGCAGCUGGACGUUGGCAAUGGCAAGAUGCACCCGGUACUGCCGAUCAAGCAUUUUCUUAAAGCUUUAGCUGACGGAAACCAACUUUCUCGACUAUGGGGCUCUACAAACAGCGGCUCAUACACAGAAAUUCUUCCGAGAUUCUGGAGGAGAUGGAAGGCUCACGACCCGCAGCACGCAGUCUUCAGUGAGCACAGGGGCCGCAUGGCACAGGUUUUGCCAUUGCAGCUCCACGCUGACGAGGGGCAAACGUUGAAAAAAACUGCCAUCAUGAUAUGGAACUUCCAAUCCAUUUUGGGCUUUGGCCUAGCAUCAUCGGAUGAUUGUGAGUCUGCAAUGGCACUGAACUACACUGGAAGUUCGUAUGCUACAAGAUUCUUAUACACAGUUUGCCACAAGAGGUUUUACAAGAAAGAUAAAUCUUACUUCGAUGGCAUCAUGCAGGGACUUGCCGACGAGCUUGUGGAUUUAUUUUACAAUGGUGUCACAGUGAAUCUUGCAGGACAGCAAACAACCUUCUACGCAGCUUUGGUUGGGCUUAAAGGUGCUUUGUGUCGCGUGCCGCAGUCGCCCGCGAAGGAGUUCAUGCAUAAGUUUGUUGUCAUCACCGACUAUGCAUUGGCAGGUCCUGGUGACAUUCCGACGCAGCUUGAUGCAAUAUAUGUUUUGGCCGUGCAGCACUGCAAAGCCACGAAGACGCCUUUGCAUAUGGAUGCGCUCACCCGGCAUCUCUUGGGAUUUGCAGCGGAUUUCGAUUAUCCGGUUGGGAACUGGUUCAAGGGGGCCGAUACGGCGGCUAUGUGCUCUUUUCUUGAAGCUUUCUGGGCAAAUCACCUCGCGGAAACAAGCGAAUCGGAUGAGUACUUGCAUGGGAUUCUUCGAUGCUUGCGUGCUGCCAAUGUUUUUAUGCGGACAUUGUACCGCUCGGGCUUAUGGCUUUCAACAGAGCGGUGCAAGAUCAUCGCCGAGGCUGGUUUGGCAGUUUUGAAGUCUUAUAUGGAAGUAUCAAGUCAUGCAUUGCAGCUAAAGAAGACUCGCUUCAAAGUCACGCCAAAAUAUCACGCGCUCAUACACAUCGUGGACAUGCUGGUUGGUGCUUACAACUCUGGCCGCCGAUGGACGCUGUCCCCGCUAAGCGAGGGGACGCAAAUGGAUGAGGAUUUUAUUGGUCGCAUUGCUUCUAAGACAAUGACCAUUAGCACCCGGCAAGUUCACAGUCAGACACUGAAGAAAUACCUCACGGCCGUGUGGACUCACUUGCCGCCGAAGUGA